GCAUCGGCCCCCAAGGGGGGCUCCCUCAGGCAACCUCUGCCACCUCUGCAUGGCUGCGACCCGGCGAGCAGAGAGUCGUCGCCGCUGAGACCUGGUGCCCUUCAACGGCCUGGCUGAUCUGGGACCCUGCCGCAGAGUGCACCCCGCCGCAGGCCCCCAGCUCAGCCAUGCUGGCCUGUCUCCAGAGGACCCAGAACCCACCGGGCCAGCACCUGGCCUGCCCGAGCAAGAGCCGGGAGCUGCGUAAGUGCGAGACGGCCGCCAGCUCCAUGCAUUCGUCCCGCUACCCGAGCCCGGCCGAGCUGGACGCCUAUGCCGAGAAGGUGGCCAACAGCCCGCUGUCCAUCAAGAUCUUCCCCACCAACAUCCGGGUGCCCCAGCACAAGCACCUGGGCCGCACGGUCAACGGCUAUGACACCAGCGGCCAGCGCUACAGCCCCUACCCGCAGCACGCCGCCGGCUACCAGGGCCUGCUGGCCAUUGUCAAGGCCGCCGUCUCCUCCUCCGGCAGCGCCGCGCCUGCCGGGCCUGCCAAAAGCGUGCUCAAGAGCGCCGAGGGCAAGCGGACCAAGCUGUCACCAGCUGCCGUGCAGGUGGGCAUCGCGCCCUACCCGGCGCCCAGCACUCUGGGGCCCCUGGCCUACCCCAAGCCGCCCGAGGCACCCGCCCCACCACCCGGCCUGCCCGCGGCCGCCGCCACCGCCGCCUCCGUCAUCCCCCUGCCUGGCCGCGGCCUGCCCCUGCCGCCUUCCAACCUGCCCUCCAUCCACAGCAUCCUCUACCAGCUCAACCAGCAGUGCCAGGCCCCGGGCGCCGCGCCUGCCGCCUGCCAGGCCGUAGCCGGUCCCCACCCCAGCCCGGCCAAGCACGGCCCCGUGCCCAGCUUCCCCGGCAUGGCCUACUCGGCUGCUGCCGCCGGCCUGCCCGACUGCCGGAAAGGUGCCGAGCUGGGCCAGGGCGGCACGGCGGCCUCGACGUUGGCUGGGGCCACCAAGCCUGCAGGGUACGCCGACGGGGGCCUGGAUUACCUGCUGUGGCCGCAGAAGCCGCCCCCACCCCCACCCCAGCCGCUGAGGGCCUACAGCGGCGGCACGGCGGCCAGCAAGUCCCCCGAGGCGUGCGGGGGGCGGGUGUACGAGCGGGCCAGCGGGUCGCCCCUCAGCUGCGCCAUGGGGCUGCCCACCGGCUUCACCGUGGGCCAGUACUUCGCCGCCCCCUGGAACAGCGUGCUGGUGACUCCCACCAGCGAUUGCUACAACCCGGCGGCGGCCGUGGCCAUCACGGAGCUGGGGCCGGGGGCGCCCCGGGAGCUGGCGGGCCCCCCCGUGGAGGCCCUCUCGGGCCUGCCCAGCAAGAGCGUGUGCAACACGGCCGUGCUGAGCAGCAGCCUGCAGUCGCUGGAGUAUCUCAUCAAUGACAUCCGGCCGCCCUGCAUCAAGGAGCAGAUGCUGGGCAAGGGCUACGAGACCGUGGCUGUGCCCCGGCUGCUCGACCACCAGCACGCCCACAUCCGCCUGCCCGUCUACAGAUAAGGCCUGCCCGGCGGACGCGUGGACAGACGGACAGGGCGUCGAGCGGGAAGGCAGGCCGCAGAGCAGGGUGGGCGGCGCACAGGGGCGCCCAGCCUCGCCCUGUGCCCGAGUGCCCGUGGGUGCCCACAGGGAAGCCGGGCAGGCUGCUGCCGUGCGGCCACCUGAUGGGGAGUGGCGGGGCCACCUUUCUCCCCAAGGCCCCUCCCUGCUAUCGGCUGCCCGAGGACACGGGGAGGGCCCAGGACCACCACUGACGUCCACCACUUCCUCCAUCCAAGCUGGCAGAGGCAGGGAGAGAGAAACCACUUUAAAACAGGAAUGGUUCUUGCUGGCUUUCCCAAGAGAGGGGCUCAGGCCACGGGGGGACACAGGAGGAAAUGUGAUGGUCCAGAGUCAGGGUGGGGUCAGAGCAGCCCCCACGGGUCAGAGAGCUCCUCCCCCCACGGGCUCCCCGUCUCCUGGAAAAGGAGCAGAGAGGGGGUAUAGGAAGUCACAGGGCCUACAGUGUCCCCCACUGGCCAAUCCAAGUGAAGACCACUCUGAGAGAGGCUCCAAGGACCACCAGUCCCCCUGCUCCUCCUCCUCUAGAUUCUCCUUCCCUCCUCCCAUUUCUUCCCCAAACAGAAUUACACCCCCAUCCCCACCCCCCAGACCCCGUACUACCACCAUCCCCUUUCUCUCCACAUCUUACAGGGCUGCUGGGCACGGCUGUACAGGCUGUGCACCGCACAAGGGCACCUCGUCCAAGGAGACACCAUUUGCAUCCUAGACGUGUAUAUUUAUUACGGCAGUUUUCUGAAUCUUGAGGAAGGGGCGCCAUUUUCCUAUUCGC